CGCUGAACCGCCUCCUCCACCACCGCCCCUCUCGCCCCAGCACCCGAUUGCUACACAAUAGCUACGCAUAGCUACACGAGCCCCGCGCUGCCCUGCUCACGCGUCCAAAGUCCGCACUCUGGAUCCGAUCCGCAUCCUUCGUCUCUGCCUCUCCCCCUUGUCUGUCGCCCAACAUGCGCCGGUACAACAGAUCCGGUGGCAGUCCCGCGACCCACGCCGGCAAGGUGAACGGCGGGCCGGUGCCAGACCCAAUGUCCCUGAUCCGCGCCUACGACUCCGAGACGAAUCCCACGCGGCCCAUUCGCCCCUCUCCGCUGACAGCCUCCACCAUCCAAGGCCUGCCGCUGGACCUGCUCGACCGCUUGCGCUCGUUCCCGCUCUUCCUCUCUGCGCCCGACUCCUUCCUCGCCGCCAUCGGCGCCCACCUGCGGCCCCAGCUGUACCAGCCGCACGACUACAUCAUCACAGAGGGCGACGAUGCCAAAGCCAUGUACUGGCUGGUUCGCGGGGCGGUGCGCGUUACGUCACGGGACGGGGAAAGCACAUUUGCCGAACUGAGACCCGGCGCAUUCUUUGGUGAGAUUGGCAUCCUCAUGGAUAUCCCGCGAACUGCGACCAUCAUCGCCAAUAUGCGAACACUCGUCGUGCGCCUGAACAAGGAGGACCUCAAGAAGGAACUGCCGAGCUUUCCCGAGGUCGAACGUGCCAUCAUGGAAGAGGCCAAGGAGAGGCUGUCAAUCUUGGAGCGCAAGAAGCGAGAGAUUGGCAGCGCUGCGUCGAAAGACCCGGCAAAGUACCGCAGUGGAAAGCGCACGCGUGACCGCAUGGACGGCGACGUUGAGAUGGGUGAUGUGGGCGUGCUGAGGGACGGAGAGGUCAUCAGUGCCAACGUCAACAAGAAGCGCAAAUCGCCAAGCCCUGGACUGGCAGAAGCCGCAGCUCUGAGCGCUCUGGGGAGCGGGAGUCUGAAUGUGCGCCUGCUGUUGAAGGAGUUGCCACUGUUCUCCAGUCUACCCCCAGACAUACUUCAUUUCAUCGGAUUGAACGCUCAGCCACGAAACUAUCCUCCUUUCACCGAGAUCAUCCGGCAAGGCUCUGACGGACGAGAUGUAUUCUUCAUCGUCCGAGGGGAGGUUGAAGUCGUAAACGAAAGGCCUCCGGAAGAAAAUGGGCAUUUGACCGCUGAAGCUGGCCGUAGGAAGUCAAUUGCGGGUGGCGAGCUUAGCUCGCGCUUCAUCCAGCAAGUAAAGGCUAGACUACGGCCUGGGCAGUAUUUUGGAGAAGUGACAAGCUUGCGCCUAGCUCCCCUACGAACAGCAACUGUUCGAUCAGUGUCUUCAGUUGAAUGCCUGAUGAUUAGCGGUGACGUCUUGACUCAGCUUUGGGAGAAGUGUUCUCCGCACCUUCGGCAGCAGGUUGAAGGUGUUGCGAAGCAGAGGCUAGAGGCUGCGCGAGAUACUGAUGUGUCGAUGACUGAUGCAGACUCUACUCCGGCGAUCAAUGAGCUUGCCAUUGCAGACAUCUAUCCGCGAACACCUCGAAAGAAAAGCGUGCCAACUGUCACCUUUACAGACACGCCCAUAGAAAGUCCCCUCACGCCGAGUCGAAGAGAGGGCCUACAAGUCGUCGAGCCCUACGACCCCGAUCCUUUUCUAAAUGUGGAUUUGGAUAACAUGAGAUCGAGAUCUCGAAGGGGCUCGCUCGCACCUCCUCCACCAGAGUCUCAAAGCAAUGGAAACAACUCCCAGCCCCAGUCACCAUCUAGCCAGACUUUGUCGCCGUCUCCACUCCAACCUAAACACUCAUCUACCCCCCCAGAACCCCAAGUAUCUUUCAAAAGACCUAAGAUUAUACGACGGCCCAGCCGCUUUGGACAGGGCAUUUUACCAGACACCAUUUUGACAUCCAUAUUUCAAAACCUCGACGUUCACGAACUAAUGAAAACCCGCCUUGUUUCCAUGCACUGGCUCAAAAUCAUCUCCACUAGCCCAGAUAUCCUCCACACGCUCGACCUGACCAAAUACAACCGUAAAGUGACCGACAGUGCCCUCUCGGAAAUCAUCUGCCCCUUUGUUGGUACCCGGCCCCGCUUCAUCGAUAUCAGCAACUGCUUCCAUGUCACCGACGAGGGCUUCACGGCGCUGGCAUCCAACUGCGGCACCAACGUCAAGAUCUGGCGCAUGAAGAGCGUCUGGGACAUCACAGGCCAGGCGGUCCUCGAAAUGGUCAACAAAGCCAAAGGUCUUGAGGAGGUCGACCUUAGCAACUGCCGCAAGGUUGGCGACAACCUCCUCGCCCGCGUGGUUGGCUGGGUCGUACCAGACAUCAACCCAGCAGUAGCAGCCGCCCAGCAGGCUCAGCAGCAAGCCCAGAUGAACGGCCGCCAUCGCCACAACUCGCGAGGCAGCACACCGCAGCACAACGGUAAUCCACCUCCCCAGAUCCCGCCGGGGACCGUCGUCGGCUGUCCGAAGCUCAAGCGCCUGACGCUCUCGUACUGCAAACACAUCACCGACCGCUCAAUGGCGCAUAUCGCAGUACAUGCCGCAGCCCGGCUCGAGCAGAUUGAUCUCACGCGGUGCACGACGAUCAGCGAUGUCGGGUUCCAGCACUGGAGCGUGUACUCGUUCCCGCGGCUGAGCAAGCUAUGUCUGGCAGACUGCACGUAUCUAACCGACAACGCGAUUGUGUAUCUGACGAAUGCAGCGAAGGGGCUCAAGGAGUUGGAUUUGUCUUUCUGCUGCGCCCUCUCCGACACAGCGACCGAAGUCCUCGCCCUCGGCCUCCCCUCGCUCACGCACCUGAACCUCGCCUUUUGCGGCUCCGCCGUCUCGGACACCAGCCUCCGCUGCAUCUCGCUGCACCUCCUCGAACUGAAGGCGCUCUCGGUGCGCGGGUGCGUGCGCGUGACGGGCACCGGCGUCGAGGCCGUCGUCGAGGGCUGCCGGGAGCUCGAGCUCUUCGACGUCAGCCAGUGCAAGAACCUGGCACGGUGGCUCGAGGGCGGCGGCGUCGAGAGGGUUAGGAGCGGGGGUGGGACGGGCAAGGGGCGCAAAGAGUUGCGUUUUGAGACGGUGGCGGAUGGGCGGUGGAGGGCGGGGAAGUGAAGAUAUUCCCCGGAAGAGUAGGAUGAGUAAGAUGAGCGUUCUGAAAGAGAUCUAAUCGUGUGAUUUCGGAUAUCGUUUUGACGGGCCCCGCCUCCUGACGGAGGUGUGGUGUCGAGCGAGCAAAGCCGGCGUUCGAGCAGGGCGGCGUUCUUUUUUACGGGUAGGUAAGAGGUUGAUGUGGUUUUUUUUUGUUUGGCUUGCAUUGGGAUAGGAGUUCUUUCUCAUCUCCCAUCGUUCUAUUGGAGAGGAGGUCGAUGCAGAUCUACGAGGAUCUAACGAGGAAUAACGUUGCAUGUACGCGUUUCUGUGAACGGUAAGCGCUCCUGAUGUUGGUUGUUAGAUGAUUUCGGUGUGGAUGAUACCAUUCCUGUUCUUUCUUUUUUUUUGGGGGGGGGGCGGUUCUAGAAAGCAGUGUGAUUGCAUACACCCCUCAAAACCGUGAGCCACACGGCCUGAUCC